AUGGCUCAACGUCUCAUAACCCAGAUGCCACUCAGACAGCGGAAGUGGAGGAUUGAGAGAGCUGCGUUUGACGCCUUUGGGUUCCUCGCACGCAGCAGCGCCAUUUCGCCUCGCAACGUUUAUGCCGUAGCAUUCACAAAAAAACCGUUCCACACACGCUUGUUCCUUCAAGCCUUGGACCAGACAUCCCGCACGCCUCGCCACCGAGCUGGCAGAAUGGCAUACCCACCUUGGCCUAAAGGGCAGAAACUUGUUCACUUAGAUUUGAAAGGUGCCCCUCCAAGAACUGAAUACCUUCAUAAGCUAAUCGAGCUAUUCUCCAAGCUCGGAGUAGACAGCCUGCUGGUGGAGUAUGAAGACAUGUUUCCGUACAAGGGGGAGCUCCAGCUGCUCCAGGCCACAGCACAGCCGGCCUACAGCCAAGAGGAAGUGCUGUCCAUUCAGGAAUUUGCCAGGUCAAAGGGCAUGGAGGUUAUACCACUGGUGCAGACAUUUGGACACAUGGAGUUCGUGUUGAAGCACCGGUCCAUGUGGCACCUUAGGGAGGUAUCACACUGUGUGGGCACCUUGAAUCCACACAAAGAGGAGGGAUUGAAACUGUUGCUAGAGAUGCUGAGGCAGGUAGUUGAUCUGCAUCCUGGCCUGAAGACGCUGCACAUCGGAGCAGAUGAGGUUUACAUGCUUGGUGAUGGUGAGGACUCUAAACAAUGGCUGUCUUCUCCUGGACGUACUAUGGAGCAACUUUUCCUGUGUCAUGUGACCAAGGUGGUCAAAGCUAUUAAGCAGGAGUGGCCUCACAUGACCAUCAUAAUGUGGGACGAUAUGUUGAGGGGUAUGAGCCAAGACACACUGAAAGCCAGUGGUCUGAUAGGACUUGUGGAGCCCAUGUUAUGGGACUACACCCCCAAUCUGGAUGUGGAUAAAACUGUGUCUUUGCUGGAGAAGUAUUGCAGUGCCGGUAUGUCAGACUUGUGGGCUGCCAGCUCCUUUAAAGGCUCCACAACUGUUUACACUUGUGUGACCAGCACACAGAGACAUGUUGAUAAUCAUUUGCAGUGGCUAAAGGUCGCUGCCCAUCUGUCCACUGGUGUAAAGCUGAAAGGCAUUGCCCUCACAGGCUGGCAAAGGUAUGACCAUCUGUCAGUCCUGUGUGAACUGAUGCCUGUGGCUCUCCCAUCACUAGUAGCUUGUCUCCAGACUCUCAUCAAAGGUCAUUUCAGUGCUGAGGCUCACAGCAAAGUAACUGAGACACUUGGAGUAUCCUCAGUGGAAGUGGAGGCUAUGGAGAGGACAUAUGCUGUCGACCCACAGUUCCCGGGAAGGAAACUGGCCGAGUUGAUUGUCGAGCUCGAUUCUCUCCUUAACUCUGAGGAAUUGAGAUUUUUUGAAACUAGCAUGUUUGUAAGAGGAUGGUUCAGCCCCUACCACCGACAGAGAAAGAUGGUCACACCACUAAUCUCCAUGCAGAUUCACAGCCAAGCAUCAGUGUAUCUGGCAAUGCUACAACCAAAGGUGGAGGCAGUGAAAGAAGAGAUGAUGCAUCUUUAUCCAGAUUCAACUGCUCAUGAGUGGAUAGAGGAACAUGUCAGCCCUGUAAUGGCACCUUUACAGCAGAUAACACAAGAGAUCCAUGCCUGUUUGAAGGAAAUUGUGCCAUAA